AUCGCUUCUCGCUGAUUUCCCUCUAAUCCGCCGCCAUCUCCAUCUCCAUUGUCCCUCAAUCCUCAUCUAAUCAUCGUCAUCAUCAUCAUCAAAAUGACCGAUCCUCCUCAGACUAUCCCUCUUCACCACCUCCCCUCGUCCAUCUCCUACAAUGCUGCCACCACUACGGCCCUGGAGUCUCACCUCAGCACGUCCGACGAGGAGUCUAGCCCACCUCCGCGUUACACCCGCGAGAAUGACCCCUUCCAACUAGCCUCAAAACUGAAAAGUCCCGAAGAAAUCGCCCGGAUGCAACCCCAAGCCAACAUUUCCCGCAAGCGUCACACCUCGGGCUGCCUCCCCCACAGCGCCAAUCCCCGCAAUGCACUCGCUUCCUCCCUAGCCUCUAAACAACUGCAAACCUUCUACGAGUCCCAGAAUGAGAACAUUCAACGCAUGCUCAAGCCCGUCGAAGAACACGUUCGCGAUGCCCGUGAAACAAACAGCAGCAACCAGCUCAAGUACAAAAUCGCCGUCUGGGGCUCCUUCGCCGCCAAUGUCAUCCUCUGUGUUCUGCAACUCUACGGAGCCAUUUCCUCCAGCUCCCUCUCCCUGUACACAACAAUGGCCGACGCCGUCUUCGACCCUCUCUCCAACAUAACUCUCCUCGUCUCCAACAAGGCUGUCAACCGCGUCGAUCCUCGUAAAUUCCCCGCCGGAAAAGCUCGCAUUGAAACAGCCGGCAACAUCUGCUUCUGUUUCCUCAUGACAGCCGUCUCUUUCAUCCUCAUUGCUUUCUCUAUCCGCGAACUCGCCGAGGGAUCCAACUCCGAGACGGGAUCUUUCCACCUCCCUUCUGUUGUCGCCGUCAUCGUCGCCUUUUGCACUAAAUUCGCGCUCUUCCUGUACUGCUUCGCGCUAAAGGAUCAGUAUUCCCAGGUCAUGAUCCUCUGGGAAGACCACCGCAAUGACCUCCUGAUUAACGGAUUUGGUAUCCUUACCAGCGUAGGUGGUGGUAAAUUGCGCUGGUGGAUUGACCCCGCGGGAGCUAUUGUCCUCUCCGUGCUUGUCAGUUGCUUGUGGCUGUUUAGCGCGUAUCGCGAGUUCCAGUUGCUUAUCGGUGUUACCGCCGAUACUAAAAUGCAACAGUUGAUUACUUAUAUCUCAAUGACCCACUCCCCCCUCAUCACCGCCAUCGAUACCGUCCGUGCAUACACCUCCGGCCCUCGAUUGCUUGUGGAAGUUGACAUCGUCAUGGACCCGAACGAUUCGCUGCGGGCUACACAUGAUGUCGCAGAAGAACUGCAAAUGAAACUGGAGUCGUUGCCGGAUGUGGAGCGGGCGUAUGUACACGUGGAUUAUGAGACGACGCAUAAGCCGGAACACUUCUUGAAGAAGGAGUUGUAAGUCUAGGUGACUGCUUGUUUGCCUAUUCGUUUAUGGCUGGAUGGUAUAUGGUAUACAAUAAUAUAGUUGAUUUGGAUGGGACAUGGAUAUGGAUACGAACGCGGUAAAUAGUAUAGUAUAGAGAUCAAGAACAUAGUCGCGUGUAUAGUUUUUAAUUGUCAAUGCAGGGAUAGACAGUACAUGUUGAUGGUGAUUGCUGGAUGGCAGGGAACCCUAGAGAUAAAGCCGACUACUCAGGGUGAUGAUCCCUUUCACUACAAUACAUUCACUGGAUACAGAUACCAUUUGGGUAA